AUGAGCGCCCACGACAACGAAGAACUCAUCGACUACGAGGACGAGCACGACGUAGUCACCACUGGAGCACCUGCGACGGCAGCGUCCAGCGGUGCCACUGCAGCAGCUGGGGCUGACGGCGAAGGUGAAAAGGACAAGAAGAACUUCGCCGGUAUUCACUCAACGGGUUUCAGGGAUUUCCUGCUGAAGCCCGAGCUGCUGCGAGCGAUCAGUGAUCUGGGUUUUGAGCAUCCUUCGGAAGUCCAACAGGAGUGUAUCCCCCAGGCUGUCCUGGGCAUGGAUGUUCUCUGCCAGGCAAAGUCUGGUCACGGAAAGACGGCUGUCUUCGUCUUGGCGACUCUUCAGCAGCUCGAGCCGGUCAACGGCGAGGUGUCGGGCAUAGUCCUGUGCCACACCCGUGAGCUGGCGUUCCAGAUCAAAAACGAGUACUCUCGUUUCGCCAAGUACAUGCCCGACGUCCGUGUCAGCACCUUCUUUGGUGGAACUUCCGUAGCGAAGGAUGCCGAGCUGCUCCGCGACAAGACCAAGUGCCCUCACGUUGUGGUCGCCACUCCAGGCCGUCUCAAUGCCCUCGUCCGCGACAAGGUCCUCGACGCUUCCAAGGUCAAGCACUUCAUCCUGGACGAGUGCGACAAAAUGCUCGAGCAACUUGACAUGAGGCGCGAUGUUCAAGAGAUCUUCCGGGCCACACCGCAUCACAAGCAAGUCAUGAUGUUCUCCGCGACGCUCGCCAAGGAUAUUCGCAUUACUUGCAAGAAGUUCAUGGCUAACCCUUUGGAGAUCUUCGUCGAUGAUGAGACGAAGCUCACUCUCCACGGGUUACAGCAGCACUACGUCAAGCUGGAGGAAGUCGCCAAAAACAGGAAACUCAACGAGCUCCUCGACACCCUCGAUUUCCCUCGCAAAAUUAACAAAGCUACCGCUGUUAAGGUUGUUAUCUUCGUCAAGUCGGUUCAACGGGCGAUCGAAUUGGACAAGCUGCUUGUCUCCUGCAACUUCCCCAGUAUUGCCAUCCACUCGGGUCUCCAGCAGGAGGAACGUAUCUCUCGCUACACUGCAUUCAAGGCGUUCGAGAAGCGUAUAUUGGUUGCGACCGAUAUCUUUGGACGCGGUAUUGAUGUCGAGCGUGUCAACAUCGUCAUCAACUACGACUCACCUCCCGACGCCGAUAGCUACCUGCACCGUGUGGGUCGCGCAGGCCGUUUUGGUACCAAGGGCCUUGCCAUCACCUUCGUGUCCUCGGAGAGUGACCAACAGGUCAUGGCUGCCAUCCAGUCUCGAUUCGAGGUCGCCGUACCGGAACUCCCCGACCACAUCGACCCUGCUAGCUACAUGACGUCCUAA